GCUCUUGGUACAAGUCACUCCUCGAUAAAUCGACAUGGCACUACAAGUCCUGCGAGCCUCUUCACUAUCCACCCUCAGACAGACGCGUCUUGCAUUCUCGACAUCUACAUGGCGCGCAGAACAGGCCUUGCAGCCUGCAAUUUCCUCUACCACGCCGCAGUCUGAGGCUUCUUCAAGUAGCCAGGACGGCCCACCGGAAGCACCUCCAGGAUUAUAUUCGCCCUUCAGGCCUACAUCUAUUGCGGCCAAAUUAUCCGACCCUCAAUUCCAACUCCAUGUCAAAUGCACGCAUAACAACACAAUCAUCACACUUACAUCCCCAGAAAAUCGUCCGGUUCAAAGAGGCAUCUGGUCGGGUGGGCUAUGCGGGUUUAAGGGUGUCAAUCGUUCGGGGUACGAGGCGGCGUACCAAUGUGCGGUGAGGGCCUUUAAGAGGACAGAGGAGCUCAUGCUCGAGAAUCCGGUUAUGAAGUUAGAGUUGUGCAUGAAGGGAUUCGGGCAAGGGAGAGACGCGGUCUCAAAAGCACUUAUGACCAGUGAGGGGGAGAAAGUGCGGAAGGUGGUGAAUCGCAUCACGGACAAGUCGCCUAUCAAGAUAGGUGGAACGAGAGCAAAGAAGGCGAGGCGUUUAUAG